AAAUCAAACUCCCACAUCUGGACAUAGUUUAAGCAGACGGAAGUGAGAGUGAACUGAAAUAUUCCUUCACAAACAGCUGUCUGCAGGAGCAAGGGACUCCAUCAGCUCGACCUCAACAAUGAGUCUUCGGCUGCUUCUGACCGCUCUUGUUCUUGGUGGGCUGCCAGGGUCCCACAGCACAGUGACUACAAUCGGAGAUGUGGCUGUCCUGGAGGGUGGAUCCGUCACUGUCCCGUGCCACUAUAACCCGCAGUACAUCAGUAAUGUGAAGUACUGGUGCAGCGGCCGCAUGAGGGAGUUCUGCUCCAGUUUGGCCCGCACAGAUAAUCCCGAAUCUGCUCCGAACGGGAAUGGGAAGGUGACGAUCGCUGAUGACCCGACUCAGCACGUGUUUACUGUGAACAUGCGCAACCUGACGGAGGACGACUCUGGCUGGUACUGGUGCGGGGUGGAGCUCGGAGGGAUGUGGGUGUCGGACAGCACCGCCUCGCUUUAUAUCAGCGUCGUUAAAGGAAUGUCAGUGGUGAACGGUAUGGUAAGCGCUGAGGAAGGCAAAAGCGUCAGUGUUCAGUGUCUCUACAGUAAAAACCUCAGGUCGAGUGAAAAGCGGUGGUGUCGCAGUGGAAACUGGAACUCCUGCCUGCUUACGGACUCUGAAGGCACAUUCAGCAGUAAAAAUGUCCACAUCCAUGAUGAUAAGAACAGCAUGUUCACGGUGACCUUACAGCGGCUGGAGAUGAGAGACUCAGGCUGGUACUGGUGCGGAGCCGGUCAACAAAACGUGGCUGUUCAUGUGUCCGUCACUAGAGGGUCCCCAACACGUAUGUCACAUUCAUAAAACACUGUAACGUUAGGGGUUUUUAAAGAACAGAACAAAAAGAUUAUCAAAAUACAAAUGUAUAAAAUACUGUUCAGUCUUGAAUAGUUCACUUUUAUUUUUCUUACUUGCCAUAAC